GACCCUCCGGGACAGGAACCAGGCCGCCAGGCGGACGACCGUGGGCAGGGGUCGGGAGAGCGCGCCGGCGCUCCGCACGAUUUUCCGGGACGAGAGCCUGGCCGCCAGGGCAGAGAUCACAACCAAGAUGAAGUUGACGCACUUAGCCAAGGAGGCCGACAGCACGCGCAAAUUCGUGGGUGGCCGCGUUGUCGCGACCAACGCGAUCACGUGCCAAUUCUGUGAGAAAAGUGCCGCGGAAGCAGGCAUAACAGCGGUGAAACAAUUCUGGGUCAGGCCAGGGAUCGGUAGCCUGAAGGCCAGAUGGGCCAACCUGAGGGACAAGCAGAAGCAGGAGUCGCCGUCGCAGCAGACAACGUCCAUCGAGCACGCCUUAGAGGCGGAGCCCGCGAAGCACAAGAACGUCCGGCUGAAGAAGAUCUACAAGGCCGUCUUACAGGACGAGCGUCUGGGAACGGCAGUUGACUUCAAGAUCGAUUUCGGCGGGAACAACCACAUCAUGUACGCGUGCCCACACUUCAAAACGCCCCCCCUCAAGCCGAAGGAGUGGGCGCGCUGCGCGGUGACGUUGCAG